GUGUGAAGUUAGUGUAGAACCUGGGGGUUAAGUACACUACACUAGGUAUCUACAUGGACAGUUCCUUAUUACCGGGUGCAUAGCUACCGCCAGUUGGAUUUCAUCCCGGGACUUUAAACACGGGCGCUAGUUACAACAAGCCAGCUGUUUUUGUACAAAAUAAAUAAGUGGACAACGUCCUGCGAAAAAAAUCCCUCUGAUGCUGACCACAGUAAAGAAUACUCUUGCUAGUGUCUCUAGACUGCGAUAAGAUCUUGAAUAAAACAAAUAAAUAUGCAGCUGGUAAACAAACCGGAAAGGCUUUACGGGUACUCAUGAAAAUGUAACAUUAGGAUGUGAUUUCUUAAUCGACAUGUAUUUCCUAAUUGUCCUUUACCAUCUACUGAUAACAGGAAUUAACUGUGAAGUUCCUGGAGAAAACGCUUCUUUUGAUCCUUUAGGUCCCUUAGUCCAAUGUUCAUUUUUAUCAUGGGAGUUCAUCGACUGUGAGGAACCUGUCGACCAUAAGGGAAAUAAAACUGCUAAAGACGAAUUGGGUUACGGGUGCAUUAAGUUUGGUGGAAUGUGGUACGAUGAUGUAGAAAGAACAAAAGUGCCUUGUACAGUUUUAGAUAAAAUAGAGUGUUAUGGUAAUAAAACAUUUCUUAAAGAAGGUGUAGCGUGCAUUAAAUACUCUCAACAAUUUUUCGCUACUACUUUACUGUAUAGCAUUUUGUUAGGUUUCCUUGGAAUGGACCGUUUUUGUUUAGGUCAAACGGGUACAGCAGUAGGAAAACUUCUAACUUUAGGAGGAUUAGGUAUUUGGUGGAUUGUUGAUAUUGUUUUACUUAUUACUAAUAAUUUAACACCCGAAGAUGGCAGCAAUUGGAAUAUUUAUGUUUGAUUAAUCUUACAAUUGAUGCUUGAAGUUCUGUUUAUAUAUCCAAUUAUGUGCGAUAAUAAAAACUCUACUUUUGAUCAC